GAUAGUUGAGCCUCAGACACACAUACACAGACUUUGGCAAGUAAACCAUCAAGAUGCAGAGACUCAACCAGCCUCUUCUCAUCCUGCUGUUGUCGUUCUCAUUGGCCCAACCAGAUGCUUUGCGGAGUCAGAUUAUCGGGGGCCAUGAAGCCAAGCCCCACUCCAGACCUUACAUAGCCAUCUUGAAGACAAGAGACAGUUUCGGCUGUGGCGGAUUCCUCGUGGCACCCCAGUGGGUAAUGACGGCUGCACAUUGUAUGAGCGAUAUAACUGUCGUCUUGGGGGCACAUGACAUCUCCGCUAUAGAGAAAUCCCAGCAAGUGAUUGGCGUGGAGGCUUACCACAUGCACCCGGAAUAUAAUCUAGUCACCUUUGCAAAUGAUAUCCUUCUGCUUAAGUUGGCUUUCAAGCCUGUGCUGAAUAAAUAUGUGCAGAUCGUGCCCUUGCCGAAAUCGAGCAGCGACCUCCCCGGGGGGACGCCUUGCAGCAUCGCAGGCUGGGGCCUGAUUGAUGAAAACCGGGCCACCAAGAUCCUCCAGGAGACCAACAUCACCAUCUACAGCCGCCGGAAAUGCCUGAAGUUCUACCCAACGCUCGACGACGGGAUGAUCUGCGCAGGCAGCCACACCCAGCUUCUGGACACCAGCCAGGGGGACUCGGGCGGCCCAAUGGUUUGCAACAGCGUGGUGCAUGGAGUCGUUUCGCAUGGCUACAGCUUCCCUCCUGGGGUCUACACUCGCAUCGCCCACUACCUUCCUUGGAUCCAGAAAGUCAUGGGAUCGUGAAGAGAAGCAGCAACGGCAACUUCACAAUUGCUUCUUGAAAAGCUUUCUACUUGCUUAAUAACUUGCAGGGCUUGCAUUCCGCAACUCCAACUCCUAACCCCGUCCCAACACACCCUCAUCUCAAAUACUGCAAACCCCCACCCCCAAAAAUCCUAUCGGGAUAAGCAAAUCUGUGAGAUUGUUACUGCACAAUUGCAUUUUCUGCGACUCACCUUCUCCAGCCAGCGUCUAUCCCCUUCCUGUCAUGAGCCCCCAUGGAGCGUUCCUGGAGCGAUCAGGAGGAGGAGAAGGAGGAGAUGGGAUCCAGGGGAACGGCCCAGUGGGAUCCAGUGGGAGGGGGCUGAAAGAGGACCAGGCAUCAGCAUUUGUGACAGGGACAGCUCUACCCCCUUAGGCCCAGCCUGAGUUUGCCAACAUGUGACUGAUGGUCACCCAAAAUUACUCACCUGGGAGCACCCUGUGAGAAGAUCCCAACUCAAUGGAAUGGCAUGGUUUCAAUCUCGGAGCACUUCUUCAGUGCACAAAGAAAAUGCAGGUUUCCCAAGAAAAGUCAAAGAAAAACCUGGGAGGGAGGGAGGAGAGUGGAAUAAGUGCUUUGCUUUGUUGCAAUUCUGUCCCGCUUUCCGUGAUUGAAUAAAGCAAACAGUUGCAUUGA